GCCCUGGGCCAUUUUUUGAUGAGCUUCUGUCUUCUGAUCUGUCUGACAUAGCAAAUGCUCCUGCCUUUCGUAUCCAUCUUUGUGCUGUUGCCAAUCUGUUGUGUAUAAAGUCGGUGCUUUCAUAAGCUGGCUGAGAUGAAAUCUCUCUAAUUAUUUUUGUGAUUCUUUCCUGUUCUCAAUGAAGGAAACCUCGACGGGCUCUAGUAGAAGCCGACUGAUCCCUCUGUUAUGUGGAAGCGAAGGCGUCUUCAAGUGCCCGGAGGAUCAGCUGCCCCUGGACUAUGCCAAGAUCUACCCCGAUCCGGAGCUGGAGGCGCAGGUGCUGAGCUUGGCCAUCCGCUGCAUCCACAGCGAGGAGGGCUGCCGCUGGAGCGGGCUCAUCAAGCACCUCCAGGCUCAUCUCGGCACCUGUGGCUUCAACGUCAUCGCCUGCCCCAACCGGUGCAGCGCCAAGCUGAGCCGCCGCGACCUGCCCGAGCACAUCCAGCACGGCUGCCCCAAGCGCCGCGUCAAGUGCGAGUUCUGUGCCAGCGACUUCACCGGGGAGGCCUUCGAGGGCCACCAGGGCACGUGCCCCCAGGAGAGCGUGUACUGCGAGAACAAGUGCGGGGCACGGAUGAUGCGGCGCCUGCUGUCCCAGCACGCCCUGGCCGAGUGCCCCAAGCGCACCCAGCCCUGCACCUACUGCGCCAAGGAGUUCGUCUUCGACACCAUCCAGAACCACCAGUACCAGUGUCCCCGGUACCCCGUGCCCUGCCCCAACCAGUGUGGGAUGCCCAGCAUCGCCCGGGAGGACGUGCCCACCCACCUCAAGGAGAGCUGCAACACCGCCAUGCUGCUGUGCCCCUUCAAGGAAGCUGGCUGCAAGCACCGGUGCCCCAAGCUGGCCAUGGGCCGGCACCUGGAGGAGAGCACCAAGGCCCACCUGGGCAUGGUGUGCGCCCUGGUGAGCCGUCAGCGGCAGGAGAUCCUGGAGCUGCGUCGGGAUGUGGAGGAGCUGUCGGUGAGCAACGACGGGAUCCUCAUCUGGAAGAUCACCGACUACACCCGCAAGCUGCAGGAGGCCAAAGCCCGCAGCAACUACGAGUUCUUCAGCCCCCCUUUCUACACCCACAAGUACGGCUACAAGCUCCAGGUCUCGGCUUUCCUCAACGGCAACGGCAGCGGGGAGAGCAGCCACCUCUCCGUCUACAUCCGCGUGCUGCCCGGCGAGUACGACAACCUGCUGGAGUGGCCCUUCUCCUACCGCGUCACCUUCUCCUUGCUGGACCAGAGCGACCCUUCGCUCUCCAAGCCCCAGCACAUCACUGAGACCUUCCACCCCGAUCCCAACUGGAAGAACUUCCAGAAACCGGGAGCCUCGCGCAGCUCCUUGGAUGAGAGCACCCUGGGUUUCGGCUACCCUAAGUUCAUCUCCCAUGAGGACAUCAAGAAACGGAACUACGUGCGGGACAACGCCAUCUUCAUCAAAGCCUCGGUGGAGAUCCCCCAGAAGAUCCUGGCCUGAGCCCUGGUGCCUCCCAGGAGGGACAGGACGUGAGUUGGGAGCCCCUCCGGGGGUGUCUCCGUUGGUGCUGAGCCCCCGCUUGCAGCCACCGGCGCGGGGGUCGCUCAGGUAGGUGGGGGGGUGGGGAUGCUCCCCCGUCCCCCCCCCCCGGGGCUGGGACCCCGCUGCGGCCCCCCCAGGGCAGCCCCUUCCUAGGUGCCGGGGGGCUGUGCCCCCCAAGCCCCUCACCAGGGCGUCCGGCCCCUCCUCCAGCCUCGCUGGGGAGCCCGGGGGGGACCCCACUGCCCCUCUAGAGCCAUAUUUUGUAUCUGGGACCCCCCCGGGAGCACGGUUGUUAUUUAUUACCCCGGGCCGGGCCCCCUCCCCACCUCUUUUUUUGGUCAAUAAACUUUUCUUGUAUUUAUUA